AUGUUCAACUCCCAAGUUGCAAACAACUCCCAAGAUCGAUCGAAUCCGCGCAAGCGCAGAGGAACGGAUUUAGCUCUUGAAGAAUACGAAAUCAAACCUUUCUCAUCAAAGACAGCAAAGCUUCUGGCACAACGGCAAGAUAAAUCAGCUUACGUUUUCAAACUAGGAAAAAAAGAGGAGCCUUUUUCCAAAAUUAAACAAGAAUCAAACACGUUUGAACAAAAAGUACAAAAGGUUGAAGAUUAUCACCCAGAUGAUUUUUUUGAUGUUUACAAUUGGGAUUAUGUGAGAGAGUUCCCAGAAAAAGAAACAACAUGUGCUGAAGGAGACAAGCCAAAAUAUACACUCCAAAAGCUUGUGGAUGACCUAAACAAAUGUAAACCAUUGAGUCAACGCGAUCAUUUCUUCUGGAUCCCAAGGAAAGAUGCCACGCGUAUUCUAAGGAAGUACAACAAAACAGGGUUAUGUUUGCCCAAUAGAUUUUCAAAGAGCAGUAAAAGAAAUUCCAUUGCAAAAAUAGUAUUGAGGCUCUCAGAUAAAAGGUUAGCAAUUGAGGAAUACCCUACUCUUUCAGAAGGAAUAUUAAAGCCUUUGGAGUUGAGUGUCAAAGCCAAAAUGGACAAGUUGCAACACGAAAAAGGAAGCUAUUAUUCAGAAAAAUCAGCAUCCCAGAAAAUCCAAUCCAUCAUUGAAUAUGUGAAGAAAGUCACCAAAGUGGUCCCAUUCUUAAUCAUAACUUACCUUUCACUUUUCAAGGAGCACAACGAAAGAAUCAUAGACCCAAAUCUAGUUGGAAAUCUUCUGAAUUUCCUCAAAGAGAUCUGGAAAAGCAUUCUGGAAUCUGAUCCAACCCUUCUAGGGAAACAUUCUUGGGCAAGAAUCAACUCAGAUUUGUUUCAACUGAGGGACUUGAGUGAUCAAAAUAAUACACAAGAUAAUAUUCUAUGCAAAUUAUGCAACUAUACUUCCAAAUCUGGUGCCUUUGUCACCUAA